AUGUCUCAUAUACUACCGAACAAUUCCAAGGGCGGCAAGGGCAGCGAUGGUGUCGAUCCCUCUAUCGUUACGACCGUAAAGGUGGCAGACCCUUGGACUGUUGAAAAGGCGCUGGCGACGAUUUCCAGACCCGCCGAGGGCUCAACGUCCCCUAUUGCCUUCUUCCACCUGUUGGAGCGCCUCAAAACCACGAAGCGAGCGGGAUGGUUGCGGUGCGAAUCGGUCGCGGAUCACUCGUGCAGGAUGGCCAUGAUGGCAGCAGUCCCGCCCCCGUCUCUUGCACACCAGCUCGAUAUCGCAAAGUGCAUCAAGAUGUGUCUGUUCCACGACACGGCCGAGUUACUGGUCGGUGACCUGACGCCUGCAGACGGUGUCCCAAAGACGGAGAAGCAUCGAAGAGAGACCGAGACGAUGAGUUAUAUUGAGGGGAAGGUGCUCGCCAACGUCAAUGCUGGCGUCGCGGGACAGGAAAUUAUGGCCCUAUGGCGGGAGUUUGAGGACGCUAAGUCUUUAGAGAGCCGCUUUGUCCAAGAUCUUGACAAGAUCGAGUUGCUCCUCCAAAUGGUGGAGUACGAACGUCGGGCGGAAGGGCGCCUGGAUUUGAGCGAGUUCACCUACGUGAAAACCAAGGUCUUGUUACCUGAGACCCAGGCCUGGGCGGAGGAGAUCAUCGGGGAACGAGAGGAGUUCCGGAAGGCCCACCAUGCUGUGGAGGCAGGCGCGAGCGACAUCAGGAUGAGAGUGAUGCAGGAUGCGUAUUACGGCAAUCAGCUAUAG